AUGGAGGUGAACGCAACUGAUAAAGCUUUCCUUUCAGUUGAUGGCACCGCGACGCUCUCAAGUUGUAGCUAUCAUUCCGCCACAGUUGAUGCGCCUUUGCAAUGCACGCAUCCAGAGUCCAAGGCGCGAGUGGUGCGCUCCUCCAGCACUGGAAAGCGACCCUCCUCGUCUGAACGCAAACCCCGAAGAUCUCUAGACCCUGUCUCUCAGCUCCAUAAAUCAAAGCAUAUGAGAUAUGAGAUUAAGAAUGACGAGCUGGGAAGCGUGAAACCCAGUCAUUACCGGCGUGUAGUAGUGCUCGGCGCGCCCCGAGUAGGGAAAACGGCGCUGAUACGCCGCUUUUUGGGUGAAGAAGUGUUCGAGGAACAUUACGAGCCAACAAGCGAAGAUUUUCACAGCAAACUGUUCCACAUCCGGGGAGAAAGAUACCAGCUAGACAUCCUGGACGCGUCUAAAGAGAGAGACUUUCCUGCCAAACGAAGACUGACUAUUUUAACUGGUGACAUCUUUCUGCUGGUGUUCAGCGUGACUGACCGGGACUCUUUCACAGAGGUUUGCUCAUUACGCGAGGAGAUUUUUACAGCCAAAUCCAAGUUGACCAAAUCCAAAGAAAACCGACAGCUUCCAAUAAUAAUCUGCGCCAAUAAAGCAGACGUGGACUCCCCGAGAGCUGUGCAGCGCUCAGAUGUCGGCCAGUGUCUCGGGGAGGACAGUGUCCACUUUGAGGUGUCCGCAAAAAACUGCACCAACCUUGAGGAGAUGUUUGAGGCCCUGACGGUUCUGGGAGGCCUUCCGACAGAAACCAGACCCUCUCUACAUCGAGACAUCUCCAUCCACACGUACCACGCCCUGAGCAGCAGAAAGAGAAACAAGCGCGCCAUGAACGAACCGUGUGGAGCCGUGCACCCGCUCGCGCGCAGACCGAGCUUUAGCAGCGACUUGCGUCGCGUCCUGGGUCCGAGCACCCCGAAAAAGAGCACACCCAUUGAGAGGUGUCAGAUACAGUAAAAGAGUCACGCUAUAGGGACUCUGAUUCAGACCUAUGAAUAAUAAUUAUUCACCUAUGUAAGAAUUAUUAAAUUCUAUAUGUCCCUGGCUGGACCAGAGGACAGAUAAUGCAAAGUACUAUUUGUAAAAUGUGAUGGAAAAUCAGACUCGAGAUAGCUGGUUUAAACUGGUCAUUAGCUGGUGUAACCCAACUUGUGAAUCAGCAACAAACUAGGUCACUGUAAAAAGGUUGUAUACUUUUAACCAUUAAGACCUCAUGCAACCCAUAAUGAGCUUUACUGCUAUACAUGGAUGUAUAGGUUGAUUGUUAUGUACACUAUUUUUUUCACAAAUAAAACCAUUUUUUGAAGAUGUUUCCAUUUUGGGUAUACCCAUUUAAGUGAUUGUUGCC